UUCAAACAUGUGAAUUAUUAAUUUGUUGUGGAUUUUUUUUAAUUUAUUUAUUAGAAGAAUUAAUGCAUUAUUUAAUUGGUAUAAGAGAAAAGAAAAAUAAUUCAGAAUUGAUAUUACAUCAUGCUUUAACAAAAUGUAAUCCAUCAGUUUUAUGGAGAAGAAAUCGAAAUUUAGAUAAAUGCCAACGUCAAAAAAUUGAUGAAGGAAUAACGAAAAGAAAAAAUGAUGAUCGUAACGAUUUUUUAGACACGUAUGAAUGUCAUUUUGGAUUCGAUCCAGAUAUGAUUGUAAUGGAUGAAUUUUCAAAUAAUUAUAGAAGAGAUUCCUUACCGAUGGAGUGUCCAUUAUCAUCGUUAUCAUCAUCAAAUUUUGGUGAUCAACAACAAAUUCAAUCUACAAUAAAUUCUCAUUCAAUGUCUUAUAUUCAUUUACAAGGUAUUCAAGAAUAUGGUAUAAAUCAUCCGUUAUCAGAAUCAUCAACAACACUUCUUGUGGAAACUUUAGUAUCUGCACCACCUCCAAUACCUCCGCCACCAUCACAAGCUGAUAUCGAAAAUAAAUAUAUUUCAAAUAAUUUUGAAGAUAAUCCAACAAAACAAAAUCGUACCGGAAAAAGUGUUACAUUUUCAAUGGACCAAAAUCUUAAUAAUAAUAUAAAAAAGAAAUCAACAGAAAAUCAUAAUUAUCAUAAUACAUCGCCAAUACCAUUUCAAUUCGAUAAUGAUAGACAAAAUAAUAACAAUUAUUCAAAUUUACAAACAAUAUUAAGAGGUCUUGUUGCAAUUUUUGCACUUUCAAUUCAUUCACUUUUUGAAGGACUAGCUGUUGGAUUAGAAAAAAAUAUUUCAAGUAUUUGGUAUUUAUUUUUAGCCAUCGGUACACAUAAAUUUGUUAUAAUUUUUUGUAUUGGAAUCGAAUUGGUUGCAGCUAAAUUAAAACCAUUAUGGAUUCUAAUAUAUAUUAUAGGUUUUGCAAUGGUCACACCAUUUGGUAUUCUUAUUGGAUCAUUAAUCGCACAUUCAUAUGAAACAGAUAAAAAUGAAAUUUUAAGUCACACUGAAAUUACAAGUGAAGGAAUUUUACUUACUAUAGCUGCUAUGCUACAAGCGGUCUCCGCUGGCACAUUAUUAUAUGUAAUAUUUUUUGAGAUUAUGGUUAAAGAAAGGCAUCAUCAUCAUCAUUUUGAAGCCGAAGACAAUAACUAUUUAAAUGGUAAUGAUAGAAUUGGUCAUUUACAUCAUUCGGCAGAAAGCUUAAUUCAAUGCUUUGCUGUUGGUUGUGGAUUUAUGUUUAUGGUUGGCAUACAUGCUCUUAUUUACAAAACUCCCCACAGACAUGUUCAUUAAUAUUACAAAAAUUUUAUGAAAGGAGGCAUUUACAUAUUAUAUUGAAAAUAUGUGUAUAUUUUUCCUGAAUUUACAAUUUUUACAUCACGGUAUAUAUAACUCUUUUUUAACCACUAUAUUUUAAGCUAAAGUUAUUCGAACCUUCCAUAUAUGAGUUUAUCUUGAUGUACUUUACAAUUGAAUCACUUUAAAUUUGUAUUUGAAAUAUAUUUUUGGAAAUCGAAUCAAACAAAAUAAACCAAUCAUGU